AUGCUAGGCAUCGAUUUCCCAAGAAGGGGAGGCGUGGAAUUCUCCUCUGCUAUGUCAGUUCUCAUUUUCGUCCUCGCUGCUCAACACGACUUUGGACCUACAACACAUCUAUUGACAUCGGCUCGAACUGAGAAAUCGUUUUGCUCAUCUUAUUCCUUUUCCAUGCCUCUCACCUACGCUACUAAUCACGACUUCUCGAUGCCAUACGACAGACUACUUUAUCAAAGUUUUGCCACAGGUAUCCAGGUUGAACUCGAUACGUAUAUCGAUUGGAACGAGUUUGCGGGGGGUAUGAAGAGCACCUCCUGGCACCCAAGGUAG